UAAAGGGUCAAAUUUGAAAAAAUUCAAAAAUAAUUAAUUCGAAUUUUGCAGUUGAUUGUAAUACACUUAUUUGGAAAACUUGAACGUGAUGGGUUGGAAACUAUUAGUUCUAACGUCAGUAAUAUCAACAUUAGCUUGGGAGGGUCCUACUAAAUCUUUAUCAAACGUGCUCUUGAAAAAACGUAACGCUCUAUCAUUCUUAAGAAACAAACGAGCUAGUCCCUCAGAUCAAAUAAGAAGUGAGUGCUGCGGUAAAACCAGAUGUGAUUUUGAAGAGAGGGCGGAAAUUUCUGAAGUUGUUGGUUGGAGUGGAGUUAAUGCUGCUAUCUGUGAAGUUUCAAUUAGAGAAAAUCACGUGUGUACAUGCAAACCUAGAAGCGGUAGUUAUACUUAUGAGUGUGGUGGUGAUUUAAGCACUUGUCCGAACCCAUGUAAAGAAUUUCAAUGCAAUAACGGAAGAGCCUGUGCAUUACACUCCCAAACAUGUGACUCUGACAAUAAUUGCGGAAAUUGGCGAGAUGAAAUUGGUUGUAAAACAAAAUACUCUGAAGAUCAAAUCAAAAAUAACAUGAAACUAAAAUAUGGAAACCAAUAUAACAGAAAUUACGGAACUGUAGAAAUAUUUAAUCGUCCGAUAUGCGAUAAUUACUGGACAAACCAAAACGCACAAGUUGUCUGCAGAAGCCUUAAUUUUCCGUCUGGUACACUCGCAAUAGGUUGGGGAAAUGAGCAAGUUUCAACAAAUUAUUUUAUGAAUAACGUUACUUGUACCGGAGGAGAAUUCAGUCUUAAACAUUGCAACCAUAUUACACACCACAAUUGUGGUCCAUCUAAGGGGGCAGCUGUUAUUUGCUUGGAGCCAAAUUCAUUAAACUUAAUACCUUUUAAAAGAAUAUCUCUUCACAUUUUAAUUUUAAAAUAUGAAGGCAUGGUCUAUUUUGAUAACAUUCCCAUGUGCGCCGAUGGAUGGAAUUUUCAGGCAGCUCAGGUAGUUUGUAACCAUCUCUAUGGAGCCGAAUUCAAAAUGCCUGUCCCAGUUUACGACUACCAAAAAAAUGUUGGGCUGAAAUCAGCUCCUUUUUUUUUGACAUCAGCUGUUUGUAGCGGACAAGAGAGUUUGUUGACACAAUGUCAGUUAAGAGUUUCUGAAUCAUGCUCAACACACGUUGCAAGUGUUCAGUGCGCUCGAUGUUCACCGUUUAAACUAAUGGAUAUUGUAAAAAAUAUAAAAGUUGACGGCUCAAUCGUUGAAGUUUACCAAUCAGUGGAGGAUGCAAUUGGUGAACUCAACAGAGAGUGUCGAAAUUGGAAUUGCAGUAUUCCUAAUCCAGUUUAUCCAGAGUUUUGUAAAGUUCAAGCAUUUUUGAACAAUAUAAAACAUUUUACGAAAUCAGAAAUGAAAAACAAUAUUAUCUUGUAUACUGACAUUAACCACUUAGGACUUCUUAAUUAUAACUUUCUUAGGGGAAGCUUUGAAAAUAUACGAAAUGAUAUUGAUACUUUAGGUCAAACUUUCUCCACUCAGUUAGGAGAAUACUUCAGCAGACUUGCUCGUUUUGACGAGCAGACUGCAAAAUCAGAUAAAGAAAACGCGAUGAAAAUUUGGUUUGAAUCAAAAUCUCGAUGUGAAAGUGAGUCCUUAAAACUCUCAGAUCAAUUAAGUUCCAUAAUAAAAUUUGCAUUUGGUGUUUCAGCAAGUGAUUUGGUUUCUAAAUAUUACACUCUUGCUCUACGUAUAGCGGGAACCCUUAAUCCUAUAAAAUGGUUAACUGGAAGUGAAUCAUCGGCAGUUGACAUAAAAGAAGCUCUGAGUGAGGUGGCAAAACAAGCAGUGCUUAUUAAACAAGUAGAAUACCUUAACUCAAACUUUAUUCCAAAGUUAGAAAAAAUUGUAAAACAAAUCUCUGUCAAAGUGAACAAUAAUAAAGACACUUUUGAAACUAUUAGACAAUUUAUUGAAAAAAUUGAGAAAAAUAGUGAAAUUACGAAUGAGCAACUCAUUAAAUUUUCCGAACACGCAGAUAAAUAUUUACCAGCAAUUACUCAAAGUGAUAUUAGUGAAUUUGGCGCUAUUUUAAACCAAAUGAUUGGAAAGUUUUGUGAAGUAAUUGAAAACCCUGAUACUGAACUAGGAACCGUUCCAGCUGGUAUUGCGGUGCAUCGAGGAUUAUGUCCCAAUGCUAAGGUGACUGCUCCAGUAUUGAUAUCUUUGUAUCAGGAAGUAAUAACUCAAGAAGUAACAAUAAUGGAGAGCUUUUCUAAAUUUGUAAGAGCUACAAUUGCUAAAGAUGCAGCAAACAAGCUUUCCACUUCGAUAAAAGGUUCGUCUAGUAAUCAGCUUUAUAAAUUUCUUACCAAAUAUGAAGCUCUUCAUCUUAUUAGGUAUCAUAAAAUAAUACUUAUUAGAAAUGCAUGUAACUACUUGACAUACAUGAACCAUGGCGUCGAAAAGCCCGUGUGCACAGAUUUACUUGAAAAUCCGAGUGGUGAUCCAGGAAUUUUGAUUAAUACUGUUCCAACUGCUAUGUGUCAAUGUCAAAACUGUUUUACCAAAAACGGCGAAUUUUUGAUCCCAGCAACUAUGACUGGUGAAAAUAAUACUAUUGAUCUUUCAACUUUAUACAAUGCAGAUGCAAAGUUUACAAAAGGGUUUGCAUAUUUAAAUAUUCCAAAUAAAGAUUGGCUUGUGGAAAACAAAUGGAUUUCUGAACAUGAGCAAGGUCCAUUCUUUUUAAAGAAGCUAAAUAUACAUCUUCCUCCUGCUCUCAAUUUUUCUCACGAAGUUAUUAUAAAGCUAACUUUAUUGGAUAAUCAAUUGCAAGGAAAAUCAUACAUGUUUGAAGGUGGUCUUAUAGUAAAAAACCAGUAUACAGAAAACCAGUCCAAAUGUUCCCAACUCAAUCCGUACGCAAUUAAAUCUUGUAAUAAAAAAGUCGGAACUUUUUGCUUAGAUGUAGAUGGUAAAAUAAACGGCGAAUUACUUCCUCGAUUAGAUGGUUCAAAAUGGCGCGUAGAACUUCGCUCAAAUCAAAUUUUACCUAAAAUUUUCUCCGAAACUAAGUUGUUUCUUCGUACAUCAGCAGAGUUUUGCUUUCAAACUAAAUUGCAUAGCAAACCAAUGUUUAGUCUUGACAAAAGUAUUGACCGAAGAAACGUUGAACGUUGUUGCAAUGAAUAUGGAAUGUUUAUAGAUCAAAUAGUACUAAAAAAGUCUCCACUCUUAAGUCCUUGUCAAGCUUGUCCUCAAGGAUCCACACCACGACUUAGUGGUUAUUUUUGCGAAAAAUGUCCAGCUGGAUAUGAACCUAAUAAUUCCAAAAGUUUUGGUUGUACUCCAUGUCCUAAGAACAAAUUUAAAGCUCUCGCUGGUCAGCAUGCUUGUGAUAAUUGUUUAGAUGGUAAAACAUCCUCUGAGGGAGCAUUGUACUGUCUUUGAAAAAUUGGUUAGUUUUCUGGAUUAUUUUGUCAACUAAUUGCAUGUUUAGAUUUUGUUAUUUUAGCAUAUUAUGCUUAAAAAAUUCAUAUAUCCUAUUAGUGUUUAAAAAAUUCAUAUAUCCUAUAAAGAGUAAUUUACUUUAUAUAAAUAUAUAAAGUUUAUAUGAAGUAAAUAUAUAUAGUUAUAGUUGUCAUUCUAUGUUUUUUUUUGUUUUUUUGCUUGCUCUUACCAAUAUAUACAAUUUUUUUAUUUUGGUUUUUUAAAUAUUCUUUUUUCAUUUGAAUUCAUGUUUUUUUUUUUUAUUUCUAAUGCUUUUUUUAACUUCAUUUACAAUAACAGGGAAGAGUUUAAAAUGUUGAUGUUUUUAUCAUUAAAUGGUUUUUUUAUCAUUGUAUAUUUGUUUGAAAAAAAUGAAUUCUGACUGUA